UUCAUCCACGUCAUGGAGCAGCACAAAGAUAAAAACAUUAUUUUAGCACCAUAUCAUCAAGACUCUCAUUGGUUACUUUUGGUGAUUUGCAUACGGUCAAAAAGCGUAUGUAUCUUGGAUCCAUUGCCUUCUAAUCGCAACAUAGGUUUAAUUAAAGGCUCUGUGAAUUUGGCAUUUCGCUCUGUUCCUACGAGUGCACGGGUUAAGAGCAUCAAUUGGAAGCCAUGCAAAUGCCCGAUCCAACCGGGAGGUCAUGAGUGUGGAUAUUAUGUCAUGCGAUACAUGUAUGACAUCGUGACAAAAUAUUCAUCUGUUGAUAAUUUGGAUGGGGCAUUUGAAAGCGAUAGUCCGUAUUCUAUCGACGACAUAAAUGAGCUUCGGGAGCAUUGCUCAAAGUUCUUCUUUUCCGAGUGCUUAUAA